UUUAUGUUAUAUAUUUUAUCCGUAGCGAGCUUCAAAUUACACCCACUUUGUGUGACGGUACAACGAAGUUACAAUAAAGUCAGUGUAAAAUUACCAAAAUUGCAGCGCAUAUGUCGCAAAUUUACCUAUUUCGUAACUGUUUUUAACAAUUUAGGUUUACAGAAAAGUGUAAAGCAACGGUUCGGAGUUGAAAUAACAUAUUUCAUUUGAUAAUAAAAGGAAUUCACAUAUAAGAAGACUACAUAAGAUGGUUGUACCAUUUCAUGUUCGUGUUAUGUUUGCAGUGUUUGCUGUUAUUCAAUCGACAACAGGACAGGACCCGCCAACCUGGAACACAGGAACAUCAUUCACUAAGACGUCUUCAGAUUGUACAGAAAUCACCGACUUAUCUGCAACGUCAGAGACUGGCGACACUGUUUUAUACUCUGUAGAGUCUCAAACCCCGAAUGCCGGAUUUACUAUUGGUGCGAACUUUGCUUCUGAUCCAAUUCUUACGUGUGCGGCGGGUUCCGUAUCCCAAUCUUCGUAUGUUGUUGUUGUAAGAGCAAAGUAUCAGUCAGAUCAGGGACAAUCAGAUUUAACCAUAACUAUCACAUUCACAGAUCAAUCACCUGUAACAGUUAAGUUCUGUCAAAAUGUUGGGGGAAAAGAAGUCAAGUGGCCAUUAUACAUUGUUAAGAACAAUACUGAUCCUACUUACCUUUGUGUUAUAUAUAGUAACUUUAUAAAAGAUGCAUUUACACUUGUUUCGUGUUUACUUUACAGAGCCAACCAGGAUAAUAAUGUUCCGACAGAUAUAACAUUGACUAUCACUGUAACAGGCCUUUCAGCGCCGGUUUUUGUUGACCCGGAUCCGGAUAGCACAAAGGACGGACAUAAAAUCUACAUGUGCGAAAAUAUUCAAAACGGAGAUUCAGUUAUGACACUAAAUGCUAAUGAUGAGGAUUCAGAUGAUAGUUCUUUAAUUUUUAGCAUGGAGGGUAGUAGUGACGAUGUAAAGGCAUUAUUUGAAAUAGUUGGUAACACCCUAAAAAUAAAAUCUACCGUGGCUGACAAUACGUUUGACUAUGAAAAGGAAGGCUCUGUAAAAAGCUAUGCAAUUGUUUUAAAAGUAACAGAUGUAUCAGGCCUUUCAUCAACGUUAGAAACUAGUAUUGAACUCGAAGAUGACAAUGAAUUUGCUCCAGUUUUCACAAGUGCCUCUGAGGCUUCCAUCUCAGAAUCGUCUUCUCCAGGUGCAACAGUAAUUAAAUUAGUAGCAUCCGACCAAGACGGUGAUCCAGAAUUCAAUAAAGUAUCUUAUUCUUUAAGUGGUGAUGAUGCAUCAUCAUUUGAACUCAGUGGGUCCAGCAAAGACGAGAUUAUAGUUAAAGAAGGUGCAACAUUUGAUUACACGACAAAAUCAUCCUACACACUGACAGUAACAGCCUCGGAUAGCGAUCCAGAUGAGUCUAAAACUUCUGACCAAGAACUAAUUAUCAAACUUUUAACAGCGCCUUCCUUUACUUCACCAAUAAAUAAUGACAAAAUAGAUGUUAAUGAAGAUAGUACAGACGGUUAUUUAGUAAAAACACUAGAAGCUUCGGACGAAGACGGAGGUACACUUACAUACACAAUCGUUUCUCAGACUCCAGAUGAUCCAGUUAUGUUUGCUGUGCAGAAUAAUGAGCUUAAAACGAAAGGCACAUUUAACGUUGACGUUGCUGAUGCUGUACAGUCAUACACCCUUUCAUUAAAGGUUUCAGAUGGCAACGAUAAAACGGAUGAUAAAAAUAUUCAAGUCGUGAUAAACAUAAAAGACUCAAACACACAGACCCCUACGUUUAAGACAGGAGUGUCCUAUGAAGCAAGUGUUAAAGAAACUGCAGAAAUCGGUUUUAAAGUUCUCACUGUAACAGCCACUGAUGACGACCUCACGGAAACUAACAACAAAGUUACUUAUUCUCUUGUGUCAGUGACUGAAUUUAUUAUUGGCGAGUCAAGUGGAGAAAUAACAGUAGCAUCACCGUUAAGUUAUAACACAAAAUCUUCAUAUGAUGUAACUGUGACAGCUAAGGAUAACGGUGGCAAGUCUGCAACACAGAAUGUCAAGAUAACAAUUCUUACAGCGCCAAAAUUUACUUCACCAAUAAAUAAUGACAAAAUAGAUGUUCCUGAAGCUAGUGCAGACGGUUCUUUAGUAAAAACGCUCGUAGCUUCGGACGAAGACGACGAUGUACCUAUAUACACAAUCGUUUCUCAGACUCCAGAUGAUCCAGUAAAGUUUGCUGUGCAGAAUAAUGAACUUAAAACGAAAGGCACAUUUAACGUUGACGUCGCUGAUGCUGUACAGUCAUACACCCUUUCAUUAAAGGUUUCAGAUGGCAACGAUAAAACGGAUGAUGAAACUAUUCAAGUCGUGAUAAACAUAAAAGACUCAAACACACAGUUCCCUAAGUUUAAGACAGGUGUGUCCUAUGAAGCAAGUGUAAAAGAAACUGCAGAAAUCGGUUUUAAAGUUCUCACUGUAACAGCAACUGAUGACGACCUCACGGAAACUAACAACAAAGUUACCUAUUCUCUUGGGUCAGUGACUGAAUUUAUUAUUGGUGAGUCAAGUGGAGAAAUAACAGUUGCAUCAGAGUUAAGUUAUAACACAAAAUCUUCAUAUGAUGUAACUGUGACAGCUAAGGAUAACGGUGGCAAGUCUGCAACACAGAAUGUCAAGAUAACAAUUCUUACAGCGCCAAAAUUUACUUCACCAAUAAAUAAUGACAAAAUAGAUGUUCUUGAAGCAAGUGCAGACGGUUCUUUAGUAAAAACGCUCGAAGCUUCUGACGAAGACGGCGAUUCACCUAUAUACACAAUCGUUUCACAGACUCCAGAUGAUCCAGUAAAGUUUGUCGUGGAGAAUAAUGAACUUAAAACAAAAGGCACAUUUAACGUUGACGUCGCUGAUGCUGUACAGUCAUACACCCUAUCAUUAAAGGUUUCUGAUGGCAACGAUAAAACGGAUGAUGAAACUAUUCAAGUCGAGAUAAACAUAAAAGACUCAAACACACAGUCUCCUAAGUUUAAGACAGGUGUGUCCUAUGAAGCAAGUGUACAAGAAACUGCGGAAAUCGGUUUAAAAGUUCUCACUGUAACAGCAACUGAUGAUGACCUCACGGAAACUAACAACAAAGUUACUUAUUCUCUUGGAUCAGUGACUGAAUUUAAAAUUGGCGAAUCAAGUGGAGAAAUAACAGUUGCAGCAGAGUUAAAUUAUGACUCAAAAUCUUCAUAUGAAGUAACUGUGACAGCUAAGGAUAACGGUGACAAGUCUGCAUCACAGAAUGUCAAGAUAACUAUUCUUGCAGGCAUCAGUUUUAUCAUAUUUCAUUUAUUUUUUCAGAGUGCACUAAAGAGAAAAAAACAUCUGAGCUAGAGCUGAAAAUUGUUG